GUCACGGCACGCAGCGCUCGGCCGUCACUCGUCAGUAGUGAGGCCGCACGCCGUCAAGUAUGUCGUGCUGGCAGUGUAGCGCGCGGCGCGGGCGGCCGCGCUCGUGACGUGACAUGUGAUGUUCCGGAGACGCGCGCUCCGGCGGCGGCUGGCAGCGGCCGGCGCGCCCUCCGUCCCCGACGAGCAGCUGAAGAGGCUCGCCAGCGCGCUGGACGCGGGCCCGCUGUCGGGCUGCGUGCCCGCCGCGGCGCUGCGCCUGGCGGCCGCGCGCGCCUUCCGCUUCCCCGACCUGCGGGACCUCGCCGAGCUGCGUCGCCUGCCCUCCUGCGAGGACCAGCUCUGCUGCAACCCCUACCACUUUAGCCGACUCUGCGAGCCCGAGACUCCCCCACCACCGUACAGUCGUAUCGCAAUGGAAGAAGUAAAGAGUAAAGAGAAAGGCGAGAACACACAAGACGCGAGGAGAACAGAUCAUGAACGGCUGGGAACUGGCUCGCUCGCUACUGACGGCGAAGAACGCCAAAGCUGGGAGUCGGAAUGGUGCCGGCUAGCUUACUGGGAGCUGCAGCAGCGCGUGGGCCGGCAGUUCAGCGUGCGCGUGCGCGCGGUGGAUGUGUUCGGUGGAGGCGGCGGCGCGUGCGGCUCGGGCCGCUACGGGCUGUGCUUGGACGCGCUCGAUACGUGCGAACCGCAGGUUGAACAGGUGCGGAAAACUCGAGCGAAAAUAGGUUUGGGCGUCACACUGUCCCUGGAAUCCGACGGCGUGUGGCUGUACAACCGCAGCCAGGAGCCCGUGUUCGUCAGCUCGCCGGCCCUGGACGCCGCGGCCGCUAAGGCGCUGCUCGUGUGGCGGGUCGCGCCCGGCCACUGCCUCUGCGUCUUCGACCCCGCCUCCCCGCCCCCCGCCAUCUCCCUGCCCCACGUGGGCCCCGUGGACCCCAGGUCCGUGAGGAUCUCGUUCGCCAAGGGCUGGGGGCCCAAGUACUCGCGCCGCGACGUCACCGCCUGCCCCUGCUGGCUGGAAGUACUCCUCGCGCCCCCGAGCUGACGCAAAGACUAAAGUGAAGUGAUAAUGGAAAAUAGUGACUGAAUAGUGACAUUGCCUGUUUUUCGUGACUGCAUUUUUUACCCAGUGGGUAUGGUUGUUUAUCUGGCAAUAUUUAUUUUUUACUGUACAUAAUGGUGUAAUUGAUUAGCUGUUCAUUUUUAUUUCGUUGUAACUGUUUGUAUAGUUAUAUCCAACUCUGUCAAGUUGUAUUUGACAAUUUGAAUGUGGAGUCAAGCUUCAAAUCAAAUCUUGUGGCAAUAUACACCAUCAUUUUAUAUUAGCCAAUUAUCCUUGCAAUAGUUAAAAUUCUAUUUUAGCCAGAUAUUAUAAAACAAUUUAUGUUGUACUAAUUUGUAUAGAACUCUGCUUUAAAUGCGAGACUGUAUAUAGAAAUGUUAUAUGUACAUUAUAUAUAUAUUUGUAAUUAUUUAUAAUUGUAUGCCUUAUCUUAGUGAAUAAUUAUUAUUAUUUAAGAUUUAGUUACAUUCUGCAGUUGUACCAUGAAUUUAAAUCGGUGUAAUAUCAAAUAUUAAACUAAAUACAAUCGAAAGGAUGUUUUAAAACAAUUUCUUUUUCCUAAAAAAAGGAGUGGUUAUCGCCUUUUUUAGCAUCUGAUAUUUGACAACAGAGUUGACAGUCGCAUAGACUGUUGGGCGGCAAAAAAAAAAACAAAACAAUUUCUUUCAUUAGAGACACUGAUAGCUAUAGUCCAGGUAUAUUGGGUAUCUAUCGACUUACUUCAGUGGUACAGCUGCAGUGACGUUUCAUUUUUGUACAAACAUAUAUAUAAAGAAAUUUUGUAACGAGACGUGGAUAAGGGCUGUGUGAAACGCAUUUUUAAAAAGUUAAAUAUCUCAAUUUGUGGGAACAACUCAAUCCCUAGAUUACUAGUUUUUUUAAAAGAUCUGUCAUCGUACAUACAAAAAUAGUGCAAUCGAGUUUUAAAUAGAUUAUAAUUAUAACCGUUAAACUUUGUGCCUUGCGUUGUAUUCAAAUAAUUAUAAUCCGAAAUCUAUAUAGGGUAAUACAGUCAAUUUCACUGGCCUAUAAGUAUACAUUAAUUAUAUUAUACAAAUUAAUUGUUUAAACUCGAAUUUAAAGAGUGUGCGUAGACAGAGCAAGCAAUUUGACAAUAAGAUAUAUUCUAGUCUUUAACAGGCUUGCUUUGUCUAUUAUGGUUAGUUAUGGCCAGUCUAUGGAUAAGUAUUUUUUUUAUUGGAAUUAUGUCUUUGGUAAACUAAACGUCAUAUUGAUCUAAAAACUUAUUUAUUGAAAAUGGAAACAUUUAAAUAUCAUGUAAAGUGUUGAGAUUUUUGCAUCACAUUUUUUUUGUACAUAGCUCCUUUAUUUUAAAAGCUAUGAUUAUGAAUUUACAGACAAUACACUUCAUUCUUAAUUUGAAAAAUUUGGAAAUGAAUCAAAUUAAUGAAAUAAUUAUUUAUAUUGAUUUUGAUAUGUUGCGAAACAGCUAAGAGCAACGAUUAUUCACGAUAUAAGUGCCAUUUUGAAACGCUUUUGAAUGAUGGGGGCUGAUUUGUUUUUUAUAAUAAUUAUAAAUAUUGAAAUGUGUAAAAUAUUGUUUCAUAAUUGAUAUUUAUGUAUAUAAACACCAGUUUAGUCAUUACCUUAGACUGAUCAAGCGCCUUAAUAUAAACGUAUUUUCUAACAAUGUAUAAAAGUUAAAUAGAAAUUUAAAAAGUAACUUGAUAUUUCAAAAUUUGACAUUGACAGAUAACCUAUACAGAUUAUAAAAGUGCGACUGGCUGUAAUGUGCAUAAUGAUCGAACUUAUAACAGGUCCAUAAUAUAUUAAUUGUUCUAUAUUGCAUUGUACUUAUUGUAUUAUGUAUACAUUGUUGAAAAUAUGUAAAAGCUAUAUAAAAUUGUAGAUAGCGACCGUUCUCUAUGAUUCGCUGAUUAUUGUUAAGCGUGAGUCUGACUGAGAUGGAUGAGAUUAGGAUAUGAUAAAUUAUAAAUAAAGAGAAGAAUAUUUUUAA